AUGUCCAUGAAUUGUGGUCUGGCGGACCCCCAGGGGUUCAAGGAUGUUUCCCUCGACAUUGCCGCUCCGGAUUCUUCUUCCAUUGACGUAAUUGCGAGGGUACCUCAUGAAGUGAAUACAAAGAUACAUGUUGCCAAGGCUGGCCACAGGAUAUCCUCGGUGGUAGAGAGCGGAGCUUCCAUCUGGACCUCUGCCAAUGGCUAUUCCUGUGACCAUGUUUCAGUCGUUAGGUUCAAAGAGAAGAGUGGUCGUUCGACAUCCUUUGUGACAAGACUAGUGGCUGUCUAUACUAGUGAUGGUAACGGAGCAAGGAAGUCAUUCUACUAUGAAAAGGAUGAGUCAUCAUGGAAGACUGUUGAGGAAGAAAAGUUUUACAGGAGCUUUCAUCACGAAGCGCUAAAGAUGUCCAUAUUGAAGAGUCUGGUCUUGAAUAUAACUGGAGAGAAUAAAUCACCUGAAUUCUUGUCCAGCUCACCAGACUUUCCCUCUUCUGCCUAUGCACCAAAUGUAGGCUAUCGCAUUAAAAAGGUAAUUUAUAAAACCGCCCUAGGACACAGAAAUAACCGUAUACAUGUAGUAUGGUCAAGAAGGUCAAAGGAUGAGCAUUGCAUUUACGCUUCCUUUUAUCCAAAGAAGGAACCCAAAGUUGGCUACCUGAUCAUAGAAACUAAGGAUGGUUUGCAGGAAAGGUUUUAUGCCAAGACAGGUACCUUUGGAGGAUGGACUGUUAGGACGAAGGAAGACUACCUGAAUAGGCUGAUAAACGCUGGUUUCAAUGAGUCCACCUUCAAUAAUAACAUUACUAUGGACAUUAGUAAUGUGGACAGCAACAAUUUUUACAUUAAAAAUGAUCCCUUGGAUGAUUGUAAUAGAGAUACAUAUAUACCAUCCAUUGGCUUUAAACUCAAGGAGGUUAUGGAUGGCGGAGUAUCACUCUGGAAAGCUCCAGAGUCAAGUGAUGCUAAAUGCAGAUUUGUAAGACUGUUUAUCAGGGGAAGUCCAUUGACCCUAUUGCUUCUUGUCGACGAUCCGAAAAAUGGACGUCAUGUUGUAUACUUUGUAAAGAGUGGUGGUGAAUGGAAAAAGGUCGGUAAGGAUGAAUACUAUGAUCAUAUUGCAAAGGAGAAUGGUCUAGAGCCUUUGCGAAGGAUUGAGAAUCCAAAGGUUGUAAUGAGUAGUUUUACGAAUAAACAAGGACUGCGUAUUGCAACAUAUGCCUCCAGAGUUGAGAAUGCCAAGGGAAGCAUUGUGUUGGCCCACGGUAUCCGUUCCCACUUCAAGAUAGACUUUUGCUCACCUAAUUUGGAGUGGAACUUUGAAAAGUUUGGAUUUCAACUUGCUCCAGACAUUAGUGGGAUAUUCAUGCAAGGAAAUGCCCAAAAGACCAAUUAUACUGCCAUGUACAAGUACCUAUUUGAGCAUGCCAGACUAGAUGGAAUGGAUGCGUUUGAGGUGUUCCCUGUCUUUGAGUACAGGAAUAGUCUUGUAGAAUACUUUAAUGCAUCAGGCUACAACGUAUUUGCUCUGGACCAUCAGUCCCACGGCUUUUCCGAUGCCAUUUCGAAAUUCACUGCGUACGUUAAAGAUUACAAGGAUUACGUCCACGAUGUCAUUCAGUUUGUCAGUAUCGUCAAAAGAGGUAAAUUUGGAGAUCCUAAUGAAAAGUGGGACGAAAAGGUAGCCUUCAAGAGUCAUGCCACAGAUGGAAAGGUGUUCCUGCUAGGAAACUCCAUGGGAGGUAAUAUUGUCUUUCAGGCAGUUCAAGAAUUUUAUAAGAAUGCCGAAAAGGGAGCAAAAUUCCUGGACGGCCUCAUUUUAACCUCUGGAAUGUUUGACCUGGAUUAUCACUUGGAUACAACCGCUAAAAAGUUUAAAAGGUUCAUGGCCAGAUGUGCAUCAGAGUGUUUACUAAACACAUUAAAUAAAGAGGACAAGCUGUUCAACCAUGGAGAAUCAUUUGAUCUGUUUAUCAUGUACCAAGAUCCACACUUUUACUCAUGCAUGCUUACAUUAAAGGCAGGAAAGUUCUUGUACGAUGCAUGCGAUUAUGUAAAGAACUCCAAGAACUUGGCAAACUAUCCCAAGACUCUGCCAACUCUAUUCUUACACACUGAUACUGACUUCCUGUGUGAUGUAAAGGGCCCAAAGAAGAUGCGUGAUACAUAUCUAAAGGACCAUUCAGAUGUAACUUUGGCAGAGUUCAAGGGAACAACACACUUUUUGACUGUCCCUCAUUCUAUAGUUUUAACACAAAAGGCCUUUAAGGAGUGGUUGAGCAAACAUACUCCUUCAGCUACUAAUGCUAAUACAGUUGAUAAAACUAACAAUGUCGGUAGAAUGUAG